UACAACCCUUUGAUCCCAAGCAAAUGAAUGUAACGGAUAAAGCCUCGCAGAGUUACUACUCGUUAAUUAUAGAUUAUUGGACUUAAGAUAAAUUAUUGGAUUUCCAGCCAAUGCGGAAUUGUUAAAAAUCAGGGUGAAGCUUUGAUAUUGGAAUACCACCCACCUAUACCUAUCUCACAUGCGGCACGGCAGUCAGUUGUCUAUUGAUAAUCAGUCUACGGGUCAAAAUGACAUGUGUCUAUGAUAAUACACAUUUGACAUUAGUGAUUACUGAUUAGACAGUGAUUCGAUUAUUGUUAUAAAAGCUAUUAUGAAAUGUAAUGUAUCACAAAUAAAUAUUUUUACAUGCUAUUUUAAUGUUCAUUAGUACUGUAUAAUUUUGUUCUUCGCCCGUGCGUGUAUUAUAAACGUAAUUUUAAGUUCUGGAAGUUGUAAUUACACUUCAUGCAAGCGUAAAAAAGGAAGUACAGCAAUGGAUUCAUGUCUCGGAGUGGAGCAAGACUUAGACAAAGCAACUACGAAAUUUACAGCUUUAAAUGAACAUACAAAUAAUUUUUUGCAAGACUUAAUAUGUCGUGUAGAAUGUUUGAAAAAAGAAAUUUCGCAAAAUACUGCAAAUACUCCUUUGACACCAGACCAAGCUAUGGUUAUAAGUGACCUGGCUGCUGCACUUAAGCAAUCUGUGUUUCAAAUUUCUACUGAUCACAGGGAGUUGCACGCAACGGUGUCCCGUGUAGGCAAGUCAAUUGAUCGGCACUUCAUCACUGAUUAUGCCUCAGUUGCACCCAAAGCUGAGUCAUUUUGCAAUGAUACAAACAGACCAAUCAUGGAGCAGGCUAUUGCACAGCAUUUAUAUAGACAGGGUUUGGAAGACGUCGGCGACACUUUCGUAGCUGAAGCUAAUGUUGCACCCGUAGAACGUACAUGCACAUUCGCCCAACUGCAAAGAUGCGCCGCCGCACUGGCAGAAGGAGACCCGGCUCUCGCCAUUGAGUGGGUCCAGAAACACGCCGAGGACUUGGAGCAUUCACCGCUACCAUUCACUUUACAUAGGAUGCAGGCGCUUAAGUUGGCUCGCGAGAAAGGCGUCGUGCCCGCUAUAGAAUACGCCCGCGAGAACUUCCCAGCGCACGCGACGCGACACGAGCGCCAGUUACAGGCGGCCGUUUGCGCACUCGCGUGGUGCACACCCGCUGCGCCUCCCGCGCCGCAGCGGUACACGCACCUACUGGACCCCAAGGCGCUUGGGCUGGAGGCGUCGGAGCUGUUCACCCGCUCGGCGUGCAGCGUGGUGGGCGUGGCGGCGCUGUCGCCGCUGGCGGGCGCCGUGCUGGCGGGCGCGCGGGUGGUGCCCGCGCUGCACGACAUCCGGGCCAAGAUGGCGCACCCGCACGUGGUGGCCGCCUGGGCCGACGACGAGCUGCCGCUGGAGGUGGACCUCGGGGAAGAAGGUGGUGGAUACCACUCGGUGUUUGCGUGUCCCAUCCUGCGGCAGCAGGCGUCAGAGCAGAACCCACCCAUGAGGCUGCUAUGUGGACACGUCAUCAGCCGGGACGCGCUUAACAAGCUGGCUCUGGGGCUCAAAUUGAAAUGCCCCUACUGCCCUAUGGAACAGUCGCCGGCCGAAGCGAGACAGAUCUACUUUUCCUAAUCCGUGCAAAUUGCCGCAAACACAUUCUCUUAUAAACUGCCAAUACUUUGUUAUUUAUUCGUAAUACAUCGCCGUAGUCUAAGAGUGAGAUCUAUAGAGCCUACUUAGACUUUGCUCAGACUUUACUUACGUAAAACUUAGCUGAUUGUGAUAAAACGUGAACUUGGCUUUUGCAUUAGGCUGUCUUAGCUCAAGCUCUGUAUAAUUUCAGCUAUAUAGUAUACUAUUGCUCGAACCCGAAGCCCUUGAACGCUGGAGUGCCCCAAGGCUGUGUACUAUCCCCCACAUUGUUUCUUCUGCAUAUCAAUGAUAUGUUGGACACCUCCAACAUACAUAUUGCUAUGCAGACGACAGCAUUGGUGGUGCCGUAUACACGGGCCAUGCAAGUGUCUCUCGGAAAAUCGUCGACCAGUGCCGGGAGCAACUAUAAAAACGAAAUCCAAGAUCAUGCUAAGCUUACAAUCAGCUAAGUUUUACGUAAGUAAAGUCUGAGCAAGGUCUAAGUGCGUUCUACAGAUCUCACUCAGCCUAAGAUCGGAAUAGGAAGCAGCCUCCACCUAUCUGUGUAACGGGUGAAAUGUUUAAUAUUAAAUUCAAUUUUUUUAUAUGUUGCGAGUUGACUGAAAAAGUCUGUCAAGGUCAAGAUUUACUUAAAAAACAUAAACGAAGUUCAGCGCAUUUUUUUUAUAAUAUGUGACCGUGAAUGAAAUCAUAUGUUUUUUAUAUAAGGCUACUUUUUAACGAUACAUGACUUUUACCUGGCAACCCAAUAGUAAUGACGGAAAUUAUAAACCUAACAUUUUAAUAUGCUAUCAUUAGCUUGAAACUUCCUAUCGGUACUUAUGUAAUUUGUCCUUUAAUGGAAUGAGUGAAUUUGAUUAUUUUUUUUUUAAUUUUCAUUUAUUAUAACGUCCACCACUCGAGCAAUAUCUGUUAGCAUAUUACAUUAAUGUAGUAUAAAUUAUUGUAAAGUAUAUCCUGUAGAUGAAGCCACAACCUGAGAGUUGAACAAAGCAUACAAGAUUUUUUACAAACGAUACGUCACUCGAAUGGUUGGCUCAGUUGGAAUGAGCGCUCGCGCAGGUUCGAGUCCCGCAUCGUUCAUAAAAUUUUGUUUUCUGUUUUAUUUGUGUAAUUAAUCCCAGAAGUGAGGGUUAUCACUUCAAAAAGAUAACAAAUUGUUUAGCAUAUUAAAUUUGAAAUAUUUUUAUCUAUAUUUAUCUUUCAAACAUUGUACGGAUAGGUGACGGUCCUUUACUAUUGUAACUCUAAUCUUUAUCUCCAGUUUCUUCUGCCGUUGUAUAUUCAACUGACGAUGAUGACCGUUAGUUUAGAGAAAGGGUAGCUCUUGAAUUCCUUUUAACCACAAUAGUUAGUAGUUUAUCAUACGAAGAAAAUGCAAAUGGACUGCCUACCACGAGUUCCAUAUUGAAGUCACCACACAGGGGUUAGAGUGCGCGAAGUUGUCUCGCGCUCAACACAAAAAAUUAUUAACUUUUUUUAUGACAAAAGGGAUGAGACGAGCAGGACGUUCAGUUGAUGGUAAUUUCUACGCCCUGCCCAUUAUAAUGCAGUGCCGCUUAAGCUUCUUGAAAAACCCAAAAAUUCUGAGCGGCACUACAAUUGCGCACGCUACCUUGAGACAUAAGAUGUUAAUUCUCAUUUGCCCAGUAAUUCCACUAGCUACGGCGCCCUCUAGACCCAAACCCAAUUAUUCCUACACAUUACUGCUUCACAGCAGAAAUAGGCGCCGUUGUGGUACCAAUAAUCUAGCCGGCAUCCUGUGCAAAUUGGCCUCUUUCCUUAGGCCUAGGACUUCGCUAUUCGUUUAAAUUAGUUUUUAAUGGUUAAUACUAAGUGCAAUAGAACAUUCACUGAUGAUUAAUGGUUCAUAGUAUCGAGUUAAGUGACUCAGAUACAAAAUUGUUACGAUGAAAAUAUGAUAUCAAAUGACUGAGUAAUAAACUGAAGCUAACUACAGGUACAUCACAAAAACAGAUUUGAAACGUACAUCUGUUAUAUAUUACAAAAAUUGGUGUUUUCCUGUAAGGAGUUCUAGUUUCCAUAGCUAUAAAUGUUCCUUAGUUUUUUCGAUUUAUGAAUAAAAAAGGUAAUCGAAGGUAUUUUGUUUUAAUGUGGCGUUUUGUCUGAAGAUCUCAUAUCACAACUAAUGAACACAGCACUGCGCUUGACACAGUGAAUCAAGAGAAAUGGCUUUUGAUCCGGUGUCGUUUGGGAGUUUUGGGACUCAAUGGUAUUGAAGCUGGAAGGGGCUUGGUGCCCGAACAUAAUUGCAUAAUUGUUGUAUCUAAUAUUUUUCGAUCGGGUACUACAAUCGUGUUACUGUAGUUGGAAUUAUUAAAAAAUUAAAUACGUCGUUAUACACACAAACAACACUGAACUUUUGGGCGGUGGAACGAUAAGUUUUCGAAUUAAAACCCUUCUGCACAAUGAGACAGUAGGAAUCACAGAACUUAUAUUCUCUUUGAACAUGUGGUAUAUCUUGGGCAGCAUCAGCUCGCAAUAUCUCUCAAUAUUCUGUUCAAUCAUUUUUCGAUUUUGUUUAGGACAUACAACAGGAACAUUAUUUUGUGAAUAAUUUUUUUUUAUAAAGAAAUCAUAAGAUCAUAUUAUAACGUGUCCACUUUAGUAAAAAUUAUACAAAGAAUUCAAUUGCAAUAUUUUUAUUUUGACGCGUUUAGCAAAAUAAUCACAAUUUCUCGUACAACUCUGAAAGAGCGGCGAUAUCACGGCACGAAUCACAAAAUACGUUUUUUGCUUACAAUAACCAAGCUUGUUUAUCUAGCAACCCGUAACAACCAUAAUGAUACCUCGACUAUUGUAAACACAAGUGGCAUAAGCGCCUAAAGUGGCCGCGCCGGGUUUGGCGCCAUAACAGCUGGCAUAUCAUAUCAUAUAACUAUUCAAAUAAUUUUGGUGCCAUUUAGUAAGUCUUAAAGGUAAUGUUUAAUGUCUGCUUUAGUCAAGGACGCAACCCCUACCAGCUACAAUACAUUUACCUACCAACUCCCGUCGCACAAUACUUUGUACCCUGCAAUAAAGGAUUUUUAUAUUAAUAUUUACGUGAAAAUCUUAUGGAAUUCCUUAUGAGGCUCUGAGCUCCGCCUCUAUCAUUGACCAAACAAUAAUCUCCGUUCCUACUAAUCUCUUAGAGAGCCCACCUGAGAGACACUACCUCCACAAAGAACACAUUCUUGAAUGUCUCUGAAAAUUAAUUUGAUAGUAACUUCUGUGACUGUUCUCAUACAUACAUAGACAUGUUAUAUUGUCGUUGAUACAAGAUUGCAAUAAAUACUAUAUGUAUAGGCUCCGGCAGAGAUCUUGAGCGGUUUGAUUGAAAAUAGGGUCUACUGGGCAGAGUGCGGAGUAUUCUUCGUGCAGUGCAUGUAAUAAUGUAAUGUAUAAUUAUUGCAGACACAAUAUAACAAUAUUAUCAUUAAUCUCCGUUAUAUUCAAUAAAGAUGUGUGUGAUUUGAUAUUAAAAUUACACAAUGAUGUUAUACAUUUAGUGAAUUGGAGAAUACUGUAACAUAAGAGUAGAUUAUAAUUAUUAUUAGAUUUAAAUGUGAAAUAUUUCUUGUUAGAAUAUCUUGGUUAUUGUAUUAUAUUGAUAUAAUGCUUUGUUUUAUUAUUAAAACUAUUCUAGAAUG